AUGUUCUGCAAUGGCGAAACAGAUAAUCCUACUGGGAACUCUUUGAUUGAGAUGAUGAGGAAAGAUCUGAAGGCUUACAUGGCGGACGAUAACACUGAUAAAGAGACAGCAUUGAAAGCAUUGAAGGAAAGUGCUGUGGCGCAGGCAGAGGUUAAGGAAGGCUACAAAAUACUGGAGGAACAUGCCCUCAGACUUGCUGCGGAGCAUUGCAGAACCUGCCAGCACUAUCACAUUGACAUCCGUGACCAGGACAUCAAAACCGAUCUUCUGGAUAAAGACGUCUACGUCUUCAGUGUGUUUAUGCCGUUGCAGGAGCACGGGAUGUUCCUAAAACUUAUCACCAACCCAAAGUUUGGUGACACUGACGACAAGAUGGCUUUCGUACAGCAUGGGAGCUACCUCAUGAUGCCAGCGACAGCCUGGCAUUCAGGUAGCUUCUCCACAAAUCUAAAGGGCAACCUAAGGGCGCAAAUUUAUGUUUGCCUGACACCUGAAGGAAUGAGUAGAGGACGGCCAGUCGUGUCCAGUUAUCUGAACGAUACAAUCUACCAGGGUGAUUCGGAUGGAGUUCUGCUCCUUGAUGAGCAUGGCAGGAGACCCCAUGUUUGGGACGGUGCAGAGGCAGAGGUCGAUGAGAAAGGUGAGGUCAAGGUCCAAGUCAAUGAGAAAUGUGAGGUCAAGGUCCAGGGUUUCCCAAAAGGUAGCAUUGUCCUUUCGCAUUCCGGUACAGAUCUAGAGGAUGCAAUUCUUCAUGAAUCAGAGAGUACUAUCUCCAAGGUUUUGAUGAAUUUGAAUGACGUCCUUCUCUUGUAG